AUGCCAUUUAGAAAAUCUAUGAAGAAAUAUGGUCGUAAGCUGUCGAUAAAUAGCUUUAGGAUGAUUAUACAUGUUUUCGUGUUCGAGGGGAUGCAUAGGGAGGUGUAUGCAUUGCUUUAUGAUAUUGUUUUUUACUUUUACAAGGCUCGUUUUAACUUAUAUGAGAUAUUCCAUCUUUUUAGUGCAAAAGAAUCGGUUUUCGUGGUUGAUAUACAUAUACUUAUCAAGGUGUUUGCUGCAAAUAGAAUGCAUGAUUGUUCGAUUGAUGUUGUUAAACAGGCAAGGAAAAGUGGGCUUCAUCCAAGUAUAUAUUCAUGUAAUUUUUUGCUGAAAUGUUUGGUGGAAGCUAGUAUAAAGGUGCAUGUUGUAAAUCUGUUUAAAGAAAUGAAAAGCAUAGGGCCACUGCCUAAUGGAAGGACGUAUACAAUCCUGAUGAACUUUUACUGCAGUUACCAUACACGUAUAGAAAAAGCCGAGAAGAUUAUGGAAGAAAUGCAGAAAAGACAGAUUAGUCCGUCCGUUGUUACAUAUAGUACAUACAUUAGUGGACUUUGUAGAGUUGGAGAAGCUGAUUUUGCUCUGGACUAUGUUCGGGAUCUGAGAGAUAACAACGAGCCACUAAAUUGUUACUGCUACAAUGCUAUUAUUCACAGAUUUUGCGAUACAGGUGAAGUAAAUAAAGCUUUAAGCAUUUUUGACGAAAUGAAGAGUUUUGGAAUUAUACCAGAUAUCUAUAGCUAUAGCAUUCUGGUUGAUAGAUUAUGCAAAUGCCAGAAUAUCAAGAAAGCUUUAAAUUUAAUUGAGGAGAUGAAAGCUAAUAAUAUAAAGCCUACCAUAGUUACGUAUAGCUCACUUCUAAAUGGAUUCUGCAAAAUUGAAGAGAUGGAGUUAGCUAUUAAAACGUUUUAUGAGCUUGAGAAUUCUGGAUACAAAUUUGAUCAACUUGCUUACAGUAUCUUAAUAAAUGGAUUUUGUGCUCAAGGAAAUCUCACUUUAGCCUGUAAGCUACUGGUGGAGAUGAUCAAAAACAAUGCAGUCUAUGCCUAUAAUGCAGUCAUUAACAGGCUUUGCAAAGAUAAGAAACCAGAAAAGGCCUUGGAAGUAAUUCCAAUCAUGCUUAAGAGGAACACAUUGCACGUUGCAAGUUUUAACUCUCUUAUUGAUGGUUUUGCUAAACAAUCCGAUUCAGAGAAGGCUUAUAUGUUGCAUGAGAAUAUGCAAAAACUUGGGAUUUAUCCUAAUGUAGUCACAUGGACAAUUUUUGUUAACAUAUUAUGCAUGGCAGGCCAAGUGGGAAAAGCCAAUGAGCUUCUGAGAGAUAUGAUUAUGAUGGGAUUGAAUCCUGAUACCAUCUCUUACACCUCUAUGAUGGCUGGCUAUUGUAAAAAUGGAUAUGUGAAGGAGGCCUUCAAGUUGUUCAAGAAAAUGCCAUGUAUGCCUUCUUGUUACUUAUAA